CUUCCUGGCCGCUAGGUGGCGCUGACAAAAUAUUAGCUGCUGUUGGUGCUGUUGACUUCCGGGGCAUAUAGUUGUCGGUUUGUGUGGUGAUGGUCUUGUUUCAAGGAUUGUGAUAUAUUUUUGAAAGCGACCAAGUUCUAAUUAUUAAGAAGAUUUUUUUCGACUUUUGUGUUUUAUCCGUGUCCAUAUUCACCACGAUGACUGAGGAUGUCCAGAAGCACUCAGUCCACACGUUGGUCUUCAGGUCUCUCAAAAGGACGCAUGAUAUGUUUGUGUCCGACCAUGCGAAACCUAUUGCUCUGGAUGACGAAAGCUCCAAGUUAAAGAUGGGUGUGAAACUGAAAACGGAGUACGAUGCAGUUUUACACAUGCCUGUCCUGAAGGAAGGCAAAGACAGAGUUUCACUGCAACCCGGCGGCAUGCAGGGCCAACAGAGCUACACACAAGCAGUUGAUGACCCAGAAUACCUGAUCACCGGGACACAUGCUUAUCCCUCUGGACCUGGAAUAGCUUUGACUGCUGACACAAAAAUGCACAGGAAUCCAAGUGAGGGAGGAGUUCACUCCAUGGCGCUGGCUUUGCCUCCCACCCAAGCCAGGCAGGACGCGAGUCGCACCGCAGCCAGUGUCGGCGACAUCCAUCUACACGCAGGAGGAGCAGAGAGAUCUCGCCCUCAGUCGAGUGCUCUGUCGCUAAUGGAGGGAGGCGGCACCCGAAAUUCCUCGCUGGUAAGGAAAGCACCAACCAUGCCCAAACCCCAGUGGCAUCCUCCAUGGAAACUCUUUAGGGUCAUCAGUGGUCAUCUCGGCUGGGUGAGGUCCAUCGCCGUGGAGCCUGGGAAUCAGUGGUUUGUCACAGGGUCGGCUGAUCGAACCAUAAAGAUCUGGGAUCUGGCCAGUGGGAAGCUGAAACUCUCCCUGACUGGACACAUCAGUACAGUGCGUGGUGUGGCGGUCAGCAGCCGCAGCCCCUACCUGUUCUCCUGUGGGGAAGACAAGCAAGUCAAGUGUUGGGAUCUGGAAUACAACAAGGUCAUCAGGCACUACCACGGACAUCUUAGUGCUGUGUAUGAUUUAGACCUGCAUCCAACUAUCGAUGUCCUGGUGACGUGCAGCAGAGACGCCACAGCAAGGGUGUGGGACAUCAGGACGAAGGCUAACGUGCACACACUAACUGGCCACACCAACACUGUGGCCACAGUAAGGUGUCAGUCUGCGGAACCGCAAAUCAUCACUGGCAGCCACGAUUCGACCAUCAGGCUGUGGGAUUUGAUCGCCGGAAAAACCAGAGCGACUCUGACAAACCACAAGAAGUCUGUCCGAAGUAUUGUGCUGCACCCCAGACAAUACACGUUUGCCUCCGGUUCUGCUGAUAACAUCAAGCAGUGGAUGUUCCCAGAUGGCAACUUCAUCCAGAACCUGUCGGGCCACAACGCCAUCAUCAACACUCUCGCUGUUAACUCUGAUGGCGUGUUGGUGUCUGGAGCUGACAAUGGAACCAUCCACAUGUGGGAUUGGAGGACAGGCUACAACUUCCAGCGGAUUCACGCAGCCGUGCAGCCCGGAUCUCUGGACAGCGAGUCGGGCAUCUUCGCUUGCAUGUUCGACCACUCAGAAAGCAGACUGAUCACCGCCGAGGCUGACAAGACCAUUAAAGUAUACAAAGAGGAUGACACUGCUACGGAAGAAAGUCAUCCAAUCAACUGGAAGCCAGAAAUCCUCAAAAGGAAAAGAUUCUAAUGACUUUUUAUUUUUUCCACUUGUCACAGUUACUAUUAUAUUUCUACCAGAUCUCCUGUUGUAGAUACACCCAUCAAGUCAGGCAAACGUCUUCAUAACUAACGUGUCUUUAAGAGAAUCAACCGGGAUGAAUUCCUGGAAUGAAGUUCAGUUGUCCCGUUUUAUUCUAACAACCAUUUGCAGUCUUCGUUGUACGUCGCUAGUCCGAUAAAGUGGCCAUUUUGGACUCCCAGGAAGCUCCCCGAGUGUUUGUUCUUGAUGAUGACGGCUCUCUGAGGGCUCUGGUCCGUCUGAUCCACCAACAGCAGCCACUCUUCAGACGCAGACGGACUGGCCUCAGAGCGGACCCCCUUCAUAAUGGGGUCAAAUCCUGCAGCAGGAAAGACAGCGUGUUGAAAACUUGUCCUGAAAAAUUGGUUUGUUUUAAAAGACUUAACAGAAUUUUCGGUUGUACAGGCACAAAAACAGACAUUUCCUUUUUUUUUUUUUCCAGGCUUGCAAUGUGAAGUUUAAUUUGCUCCAUUUUAAUAAAGUCCCCAGGUUUUCACAAA